AUGGCAGACUCGACAGCCCCCACUGCUCAGAUCAACUAUGGCAAGAUCGUCGAGUUCUUUGAGGACACGCGAUGGGACCAAUUGCACGAGCGCCGACUGGCGUCCCUCGCAUUUGUCUGCAAUGCGAAUCAGCAAGGGUUCAGGAUCAAGGACCUCCCGGCAAUCAGGUCAAUCCUAGCGAGGACAUUAAAGUUGGUUAAGGGCCAAGAUGGAGCUCAGUAUUUGCAAGCUGCCUGCACUCUUGUGAGGCUGUGCGGCCUUCCUUUUCAGAAAUACAAGUCCACCGACGAUGUCGACAGCACCCCGCUUAUCACCCCACUUCUGAGCACCCUCAGCGGCAUCCUCGACUCCGACUCCUGCACAAGUCUCAAGAUCGAAGCCGCUCAGUCGCUGAUCCACAUUGGCAGUGGGUACGGUCAGAGACAUUUAGAGCCAGACCCCAACAGCGAAGACCCUGCACUUCGAAAGUCUCUAUCUCUUUCUACCGGGAGAACGCCACUCGCGCAAACCGCCAAAAGCUACAGAGGAUCCAAGCCGUUGACUUCCGUCAAGCAGCCGCUUUCUCCGACUCUGAAGGGAACGCUCAAGAAUAGUCUGAACGGGGGAAGUCUGCUCAGUCGGAAUCAGAGUCUGCUGGCAGAGAGCGGAGCCGUUGAAGCGGCAGUGAGAGGCUUUGAGCGCAGCGCACGAACGGGAAAAAAGGACAGCGCAGGCCUGAUCGGAGAGGCUUUGUUGGAGAUGUCGUUUUCAACGGAGAACGCAGAGAGGAUGCACGCAGCUGGCAUCCUCGAGCCAAUCUCGCAUGUCCUCGAAACGGCUCCCUUCGGGGCCGAGAUAAUUCACACUUGCGUUGAGCUCCUGUGGAACGUCCUCGAGCGGUGUCCAUCCGCCCGGGAGCACCGGACGCUUCCGGAACCGGAACCGGAACCGGUCCCGGACGCAACUAGAAGUGACGAAAAUUCUGAAGAGGAAGACGAAGAGGACGAAGAAGAAGGGGAGGAAAUGGGGGCAGGUGUGAGCGGACCGGAGAACACGGAAGCGGGAUCGGAAACGUGCGGAGACGGAGACGGAGACGGAAAUGGGGAGAGUUGCUGGCAAGAAGGGGCGCGCGCGCUUGACUAUGCAGAAGCGGGCGUGUCAGGAGGGCAAGGAGAGGGUUUCGAAGGCGGGGCGGAAAAGGGAGAGAUAGAGGAAGAAAGCGGUUUCGAAGCGGCUCGCACUGAGGGAGGAUCUGGGAGAGACACCGGUUCUGGCUUUCGGCAUUCGCAAGGAGAUGCAGCGGCUUCGACGGACCCUUCCGAAGGAGAAAUCGAGUCAGCAGAGCCUGCCGAAAGUCGACGAGAGGAGAAUGGCUCUGAAAUGCAAGAUGAGGUUGUUCACCAGUUUGAAACAGACGAGGCCAUUCUUGAAGUGGUCGAAAGUAUCGUCGAAAACGACGAAGCGACAGCGCCUUCGUUUGAGGACUCAAGAAGCGAUCGACCAGCGUCCAACGGCGAAGCUUCGAGCAGCGGGAGUGGAGCGCAGGCGAACGGAACCGGAAUAGCGGACUCCGGUAGAAAUACGCCCCGGGAGCCGUUUACCACCGACACACUUGUCACUAGCUUGGCUGGGCUGAUGAGACGGUGCAUCGAUCGGGGGUACAAAAAGGGCGACAAGGAGCUGCUGAACGACCUGCUGAUUGUCGCCGGGAUUCUAGGCGGGGACGCGGCUAACUUGCCAAGUUUUGCGGAGAGUGGACUGUUGAAGCUUUUGAUCGCCGUGAGCUGUACGCCGGAACUAGUAGGGGGCGGCGGGGCGGGAGGCAUUCUGCAGGUUUUGGACGCCGAAGCGCUCGAGUCCAAGAAGCUGGCGUGGCCUCUCGUGGCCGCUUGCGCCCACGACGAAACCUGCCGGGUUAGCGUAAUUCAGUCGGGCUUCGUGAUAACCCUCCUCGGUUACCUGCAUCCGGGGCAAGAGGGGCUGCCCAAAUGGACGGCCAGCCAACUGCACGAGCUGCAGAAACCGGGGUGCUCCUGCCUUUCCGCCCUAAUUCCGCUGUUCCCUGAGCGAAUAGCGGAAUGCAAGGGACCAGAAGUGCUCCUUCAGUUCCUGGUGGCCGCGUCCGACGACGCGCUCAAGCAGCUGGCCGCGCGCGCACUCCUCGCCUGCUGUGCUGACGUGGCGAUGAAGGCAAGCGUUCUGCAGCUGGGAGCCAUUGGAGUCGCACUCGACGCGUUCCGAAGCCGCGGCGCGCCGGCCUCGCUCCGCCAGACCGCGCUGCAGAUCGCGUCGUCUCUCUGUGAGGGGAACGAGGAGGCGCAGAGGGAGUUCCGGAAAGAAGGGGGCAUCCAGGCCCUCCAUGCAGAGCUGCUGCAACAGAUUGCGUCGGGCGGCCAGUCCCCGCGGGCCCUCCUGGCGACCGUUCUCCAGCACCACAUUGCGUCCGGUGGCCAAUCGCCGGGAGCCCUCACGGCGACCGUUCUCGAGUGCGUCUGGCGCUGUGUCGCCCUCAACCGGAAGAAUCUCGCCCGAUUCCUGGUUCUCGAGGGGCUCGGUUUGCUGCUCCAGCUGCUAGAAAGCUCGCGCCCGGAGAUCUGGCCCGGGCUUCUCUCGUGCCUCGCUGACGUCACGGAGAACCCAAAGGCGCAUCCGUUCUUCCACGAGUGGAGGUCCCCGACAAGUGGCGAAUGUGGCGCCCAGAUCGUCAUCAAGGUCUGGGACCAAGCGAAUGGAGGUACAAGCUCCUCCGAGGAGCUCGCCGGAAUAUCUCCCGUAACAUCUCUGAAGGAUACAAUCUACGGCCUCUUCGCCAACCUGGUCUUUUCGACGUUCCCUUAUUUGAGCCACUCCGACAAAGCCAAGCUCGUUGCGAUCGAGCAGCACAUCCAGUUCCAGGAGGGCCGCGCCUGGGCUGACAUCGAGCGCGCGCUCGCGGCCGCGGGCGUCGUCCCCGUGGAGGACGACGCGGCCAUGCUCGCGCGCAGGCGGGCCGCGGUGGACGCGGCCGCGCGGCGCGUCGCGGAGGAGCGCGCGCGCGCGGACCAGCUCGCCAGUCAGGAGGUUGCGGCCCGCGAGGCCGCCUUUUAUGCGAGCCUGACGCGGCAGCGCGAGGAGGAGGCGGCCGCGCGGCGCAAGAAGGGGACGGGCACGAUGACCAUGCGCGAGCGACACGUGAGUGCGCGCGCGUCGCAGUUUACAGCGGUGCAUUGA